GUGGCCGGGAGUCUGCGGCGGAUGUGUCAGUAGGAGGCGAGGAGCGCUUCCCUCGGGUGCGGGAAGACGUCGCUUUUCUAAUCCUGCUCCCGCGGCCCGAGGCGCUUCCCCGGCAGCGGUCACCAUGGUGAAGGAGCAGUUCCGGGAGACGGAUGUGGCCAAGAAAAUAAGCCACAUCUGUUUUGGGAUGAAGUCACCUGAGGAGAUGCGCCAACAGGCGCACAUCCAGGUUGUGAGUAAGAACCUGUACAGCCAGGACAACAACCACGCCCCCUUGCUGUAUGGGGUGCUUGACCAUAGGAUGGGUACGAGUGAGAAGGACCGUCCUUGUGAAACCUGUGGGAAAAACUUGGCUGACUGUCUGGGCCACUACGGAUACAUUGACCUGGAACUGCCAUGCUUUCACGUGGGGUAUUUCAGAGCAGUCAUAGGCAUCUUACAGAUGAUCUGCAAAACAUGCUGCCACAUCAUGCUGUCCCAGGAAGAGAAGAAGCAGUUUCUGGACUAUCUGAAGAGGCCUGGCCUGACCUACCUCCAGAAGCGAGGCCUGAAGAAGAAAAUCUCUGAUAAAUGCCGAAAGAAAAACAUCUGCCAUCACUGUGGCGCUUUCAAUGGUACUGUAAAGAAAUGUGGAUUACUGAAGAUAAUCCAUGAGAAAUACAAGACCAACAAAAAAGUGGUAGAUCCUAUCGUAUCAAAUUUCCUUCAUUCUUUUGAAACUGCCAUCGAGCACAACAAAGAAGUGGAGCCCCUGCUGGGGAGGGCACAGGAAAACUUGAAUCCCUUAGUAGUCCUGAAUUUAUUUAAGCAAAUCCCAGCUGAAGAUGUCCCUCUUCUUCUGAUGAACCCAGAAGCUGGGAAGCCCUCUGAUUUGAUUCUCACGCGACUUUUAGUGCCCCCCUUGUGUAUCAGACCCUCCGUCGUAAGCGAUUUGAAGUCUGGCACCAAUGAAGAUGAUCUGACAAUGAAAUUGACAGAAAUCAUUUUCCUAAAUGAUGUCAUUAAAAAGCAUCGGAUAUCAGGAGCCAAGACCCAGAUGAUCAUGGAAGACUGGGACUUCUUGCAGCUUCAGUGUGCCCUCUACAUCAACAGCGAGCUCUCGGGCAUUCCCCUUAACAUGGCGCCCAAGAAAUGGACCAGGGGUUUUGUGCAGCGCCUAAAGGGAAAGCAGGGUCGAUUUAGGGGCAAUCUCUCAGGAAAGAGGGUGGAUUUUUCUGGCAGAACAGUCAUUUCACCUGACCCCAACCUCCGGAUCGAUGAGGUAGCUGUGCCGGUUCAUGUGGCCAAAAUUCUCACUUUUCCUGAGAAAGUAAACAAAGCAAACAUUAACUUUUUGAGGAAACUGGUUCAAAAUGGACCUGAAGUUCACCCAGGAGCCAAUUUCAUUCAGCAGAGACACACCCAGAUGAAAAGGUUUUUGAAAUACGGGAAUAGGGAAAAGAUGGCUCAGGAGCUCAAGUAUGGGGACAUCGUAGAGAGACACCUCAUAGACGGGGACGUGGUGCUGUUCAACCGGCAGCCCUCCCUGCACAAACUGAGCAUCAUGGCGCAUCUGGCCAGGGUCAAGCCCCACCGGACCUUCAGAUUUAACGAGUGUGUGUGUACACCCUACAAUGCGGAUUUUGAUGGUGAUGAAAUGAAUCUUCAUCUUCCUCAAACAGAAGAAGCUAAAGCAGAGGCUCUUGUUCUAAUGGGGACUAAAGCAAAUCUGGUAACCCCAAGGAAUGGAGAACCACUAAUUGCUGCUAUUCAGGAUUUUCUAACAGGUGCCUAUCUCCUCACUCUUAAGGACACUUUCUUUGACCGGGCCAAGGCUUGCCAAAUCAUUGCUUCCAUACUAGUGGGCAAGGAUGAGAAAAUUAAAGUUCGCCUCCCGCCUCCUACAAUAUUAAAGCCUGUUACCCUGUGGACAGGAAAGCAGAUCUUCAGUGUCAUCCUCAGACCUAGUGAUGACAAUCCAGUGAGGGCCAACCUUCGAACCAAGGGCAAGCAGUACUGUGGCAAAGGAGAAGAUCUCUGUGUCAAUGAUUCCUAUGUUACUAUCCAGAACAGUGAGUUGAUGAGUGGCAGCAUGGACAAAGGAACACUGGGAUCGGGAUCUAAGAACAAUAUUUUUUACAUUUUGCUGCGAGACUGGGGGCAGAAUGAAGCUGCCGAUGCCAUGUCACGGCUUGCCAGGCUGGCUCCUGUCUACCUCUCAAACCGUGGAUUCUCAAUUGGGAUUGGUGAUGUCACACCUGGUCAAGGGCUGCUAAAGGCCAAGUAUGAGUUGCUGAACGCUGGCUACAAAAAAUGUGAUGAGUACAUCGAAGCCCUAAACACAGGCAAGCUGCAGCAGCAGCCCGGCUGCACUGCCGAGGAGACGCUGGAGGCUCUGAUCCUGAAGGAGCUGUCGGUGAUCCGAGAUCACGCCGGUAGUGCCUGCCUCCGGGAGCUGGACAAGAGCAACAGUCCCCUCACGAUGGCUCUGUGUGGCUCCAAAGGUUCCUUCAUUAACAUAUCACAGAUGAUUGCCUGUGUGGGACAGCAAGCCAUCAGUGGCUCCCGAGUGCCAGAUGGCUUUGAAAACAGGUCCUUGCCUCACUUUGAAAAACACUCAAAGCUCCCAGCUGCCAAAGGCUUUGUGGCUAAUAGCUUUUAUUCUGGUUUGACACCAACUGAGUUUUUCUUCCACACAAUGGCUGGCCGGGAAGGUCUAGUCGACACAGCCGUAAAGACAGCUGAAACAGGAUACAUGCAGAGAAGGCUUGUGAAGUCCCUUGAAGAUCUUUGUUCACAGUAUGAUUUGACAGUCCGAAGCUCUACAGGAGAUAUUAUACAGUUCAUUUAUGGGGGAGAUGGCUUAGAUCCUGCAGCCAUGGAGGGAAAAGAUGAACCCUUGGAGUUUAAAAGGGUUCUGGACAACAUCAAAGCAGUCUUCCCGUGUCAGAGUGAGCCUGCUCUCAGUAGGAACGAGCUGGUCCUGACCACCGAGUCGAUCAUGAAGAAGAGCGAGUUCCUCUGCUGCCAGGACAGCUUUCUGCAGGAAAUAAAAAAAUUCAUUAAGGGGGUUUCUGAGAAGAUCAAGAAAACCAGAGACAAAUACGGCAUCAAUGAUAACGGCACCACAGAGCCCCGUGUACUGUACCAGUUGGACCGGAUCACCCCCACCCAAAUAGAAAAGUUUCUGGAGACCUGCAGGGACAAGUACAUGAGGGCACAGAUGGAGCCUGGUUCUGCAGUAGGCGCACUCUGUGCCCAGAGCAUCGGCGAACCAGGCACCCAGAUGACCCUGAAGACUUUCCACUUUGCGGGCGUGGCCUCCAUGAACAUCACCCUGGGUGUGCCCCGGAUCAAAGAGAUCAUUAAUGCUUCCAAGGCCAUCAGCACUCCAAUCAUCACAGCCCAGCUGGACCAGGAUGGCGACGCUGAUUACGCCCGCCUCGUGAAGGGGAGAAUUGAGAAAACCCUCUUGGGAGAGAUUUCAGAGUAUAUCGAAGAAGUGUUCCUUCCCGAUGAUUGCUUUAUUCUCGUCAAGCUCUCCCUGGAACGGAUUAGACUUCUGAGACUGGAAGUGAACGCAGAGACAGUGCGGUAUUCCAUCUGCAUGUCUAAGCUGCGUGUAAAGCCGGGCGACGUGGCUGUCCACGGCGAGGCUGUGGUGUGUGUCACCCCCCGAGAAAACAGCAAGAGCUCCAUGUACUAUGUGCUGCAGUUUCUAAAAGAGGAUCUACCCAAGGUGGUGGUGCAGGGCAUCCCAGAGGUGUCCAGAGCUGUCAUCCACAUCGACGAGCAGAGUGGAAGGGAGAAGUACAAGCUCCUGGUGGAGGGUGAUAACCUGCGGGCAGUCAUGGCCACUCACGGUGUGAAGGGCACCCGAACCACCUCCAAUAACACGUAUGAGGUGGAGAAAACUCUGGGCAUUGAGGCUGCCCGGACAACGAUCAUCAACGAGAUCCAGUACACGAUGGUGAACCACGGCAUGAGCAUCGACAGGAGGCACGUGAUGCUGCUCUCCGACCUCAUGACCUACAAGGGUGAAGUCCUGGGCAUUACUAGGUUUGGCCUGGCCAAGAUGAAGGAGAGUGUGCUGAUGCUGGCCUCCUUUGAGAAGACAGCUGACCACCUCUUUGACGCCGCCUACUUUGGGCAGAAGGACUCCGUGUGUGGGGUGUCUGAGUGCAUCAUCAUGGGGAUCCCCAUGAACAUUGGAACUGGGCUCUUCAAGCUGCUCCACAAGGCCAACAGGGACCCGAGCCCUCCCAGGAGGCCCCUGAUCUUCGACACAACCGAAUUCCACAUCCCCCUGGUCACAUAGUCUGGGGAUGAGGGACCACUCCUGACCUUGGCUCCUUGUCCUAUCUAGAAAGGGGCUCAAGAGCAGCAGCUGCCUCGACUUCAUGCUCCCUGGGACAGAGGCCCUGAUGUCCCCAGCAUGCCAGCAGCCAGGGCAGACCCCCUGUACCCCCGGGAGCUGCUCAUCCAGUGACCCUGACCACCCCACAGUGCUUGGUCAGGACAACUAAGGUUCCUUCACACCUGCCACCCACCCUCCUUGUGACGAGGCCCAGCCACACAUCCUUGCUCAUCCCCACCUCACCUGUCUACCCAUUGGCUCCCAGGGGCGUCACACCUGCCCAGGAAUGAGGGGUCCAGAGCACGGUCCCAGGUUUUCUGUUGCUGAGUCCUGCCUGAAUCUCAGUGUAAUAUACUCAUGUAAAUAUUAUUACUAUUAUUUAUUUGUUCAGUUUGAAAAAUUUGGAGUUUUUGUUAUUUGGUUUUACUUUUGAAACUAAGAAGCUGCAGAAACCAAGAAAGCCAGCAUUGACGUCACUAGAAAAACUGGUUGAGCAAAUGAGUCUGUCUAGGAUUGGACACUGAGCUGAGACUAUCUUGAGCCCCAGCUGCUCGGAAACACCUUUCACAGAUUCCCUGGCUGCCCCGUUGUUUUCAUCUGCCUCCAGUUCCCACAGGCGGUGGCACUGUCUUGUCACUCUACCUUGUGACAGGCCCAUUCUUCGUGGUCUGGAGAAGCCUUGCGGGCAUCUGGGAUUUGAGGUGGGGACUGUCGGUGUACUCGGAGAUGGUGAGUGAGGCUGGGCCAGGCUGCCUGCACUACCUGGGCGGCAUCCACAGCCCUCCUAAAGUAAUCGCCUAUGUGUGCGUGGGACAGGUGCAGAGCUGGUGGCCUGAAAAGUGCCCCAGGGUCAGUGGCAGCAAGUGCCAGCUGUAAGGGGUAGAAGAGUCACCCAGACAGGAUGGGAGGAGGCCCACACGGGGUGAGGGUCAGCUGGAGCUGGGGACUUGCCCUAGUUGGCAACAGCAGGCUCUUUGAAGAGUAAAUGCUGUUGACAGUAGGAAGCACAUGUCAGGCUGUGCAGAGAGACCCAGCAGGGCAUCCCAGAAAGAUCCGCAUAUAACCCCCUGCUCAGACCUCUGCUGGUGACUGCACCCUCGCUGGGCGGUUUCAAGGCUCUGAGGGGGCUUCCUGCAACUAGGGAAGAAUGUACACCCUUGUCUCCUAGAGAGCAGAAAGGUUUGCUUCUGGAGACAGUGCUGUCUUUGUACUGAAUUGCUCCUCAGGAUUGGCCCAGGGCCACGGAGAAGUGGCAGUGGCUGCAGCUCCUCUCUCAGGAGAACGUCCUUGGAGCCUGGUCCCACUUUUCUGACUCUUCGGGCUCCGUGCACUUGAAGUAGAGUUCUAAAAUGACUCAGCUGAUUUAUCCAAUUGUAUAAAGCCACUGGAAGAUCUAGCAACCCAAACCGAAGAGAUCAGAGUUUAUUGUUGAGCCAGAAGAUGGUCUGGAUGAUUAAGAGAUGGACAGGGUCAAAGAAAAAGUAGGAGAGGCUCAGGAAACGCAAGUGGUAUUUUACAAACUGACUUAGGCUCUUUGGACAUUCCCUAGUUGAUUUCCUACGUUCUGCAUUCAUGCUGCUAAGGUACUUAGUACCGCCGUUGGUUCUCGGGUCUGUGUUAGAAUGAGUGCCUUCUCUCCCAUGCUAAUGUGAUUCUGAAUUAGGAAUUCUGGACCUGAGUUAUUUUUGACCAAGACUCAGCUUUAAAAUUGUAUUGCAGUUUGUAGUUUGGCCCUGUGGUCCCCCUGCACCCAGAAGGUUGACCAAUGAGCUUUCCAUAGGGUAUCAGUGAUGUGGGGAAAAUGUCAUUUUUCUUCGUGGUCAGCCCCCUCCCCUCUAUCUUUGAAUUGACCCAGCCGGGUCUGUUAACACACUCACCCAGGGCUGCCAUUUGAGACCUCGCCACAGGCAGUGCCUCUCAAUCUGCGAAGAACUGCAGAGCCACAAAGCUGCCUUCCUGAAAAAUUGCCUGGGAAGGAAGCUGAGGCCUGAUCGGAUCCAGGACUACAGGGCGCAUGCUAGGGCCAGGGAGGUGACUUGGGUAGCAGGAGGGAACACCAGCAGCGCCCACUUUCCUCUGUGACAUACUUGAAACGAGGGAGGAGCGAGCACGCCAUAGUGUGCUUCUGUGAUACUAAAGACACAUCUCCAGGAGUCCCAUCUGCCUGAGGGGCUGCUCUGGGUGCUGAUGAGUCCCUGAGAUGCGAUUGCGAUGGGCACAGACAAGGAGUUGGGUUUAGGUCAGCAUGUGGGUUAUGCAAGGGUCUCACCGCCCAGUGAGAGGUGAUGGCCCUGCAGGCGCUGCUUCUCCUCGGGUACUGCUGCCCUGCUGGCACCACUGGCAUAGGCAGCGUUGGCUGGUGAACCUACUCUGCACCCCACUGUGUGUGCUAUGGGUGGGUGGUGAAAUGUCCCCUCAUGUGACCAUCUGCUCUGUCCUUGGCACUAGGCUUUAUAGCAGGCACCGAGCUGGAAGACCAGAUAGCUCUGUGUUCUCAAGAGUGAGUCAGUAGGUUAGGAUUUUAUUCUGGGCCUGCUUGGAAGAAAUGAGAAAACUGUGUAAAGUCUGUCUCAUCCACUCACGGAUAUAUAUUUCUGACUAGUGAUCUGUCUAGUUGUUUGCCCUUCUUUAUCUUUUGUACAAGGGAUUAAAAUAGCUAUUGACUCGGUUACAACCCCCUGCUUUGUUCAGCGCUGAGCGUAGGAGAAACAUCCCGGAGUCUCAGUGUCUGUCAGUUAAAUUACGGUGUGUUUCUAUUUCAGGGUUUAUCCGUGUGUAUUCACAUUGACUUGUGUCUGAUUGAACCUGACACUGUAUAAC